CAAGAAACUUCUUUUCUAAUCAACAAAAAAAUCUUUAAUCCAGCUAUAUCAAUCUUUGCAAACAUGGGGAAUGCUAUCAGCGCCUUAAUCGCCCCUAAUGAAGCAGCCGAUGAGAAUGAGAGGAAGAAGAAGGAGCAGCUGGAGCUGAUGAUGAAGCUCGCAGACGCACGUCUCGAUACAUUCCAAGGAGAAUUGGAGAAGAUGUUCUUGGACCGUGAGUCGGCGAUGAAGACAGGUGUCCCGGGAAAGAGAGCAUUGAGAUUCGAGCGUCACGUCGCUGUUGACGCUGAAAGCACUCCCGGGAAAGGCGUUGAGGAUGCCGUCGACGCCUUCUUUGGUGCUUCCGAGACCGGAACCAAGGGUGUCCUCGAUGGUUUCAAGUCUGUGGUCAAGACAGGCCUUUCUGCAAUUCUCGGCGAUGCAUCCGCCGGUGAAAGCUACGAUAAAAAGUUCUUCGUUUGCAUGAAGCACAAUGCUAUUAUUCGUGUCGAUAUGUAUACAUAUAAGUAUACCUUUGGAAGCAAGGGAGUAGUCGACGUGCACAAGAACAUCUUGGCCUAUAUUCUAUGCAUCUCUGUUGUCGACCAUAGAGAUGUAACCCUCGAUGAGCUCAUCUACCUUGCUUCAGAAUUCGCUGGCGACGGCGACGUUGGGCCGGGGUCUGGAUUUGCGCAAUACUUAGAGAUGAUUAUGAAGACAUGGAAUGCUCUCAGGGCUAUUGAUCCUCUGCCUGUUAGUGGCAGACCAGCUCUGGAAUAUCCUGUGAACCUGCAGCUGCCUGUUAGGAAUGCUCCUCAGAUGUAAUAUUUACACUUUUACCUUUGUUUUUCCUCAGGCAAUUUAUCACAAACCAACCACAUGAGAUCCCUCUGGUAUAUACCUCCGGGUGAACCAC